CACUGGUCAGACAUUGAACAAAAGCGGCUUGUUACUCGCCGGAUAUGAGGCCGAUUUCGUCCGCUGUUCAACUUAUCGCUAUUCUGUUCAGAAUAUGUACCUGGCUUGCGCCUUGAAUCCUGAAGUAAUUGCUCUCAUGACCUUCGUCAUGACUUGCGAUAACGAGCGUCGAAGACCUGGCGUAAUAAGCCGUGCGACUCACUUGCGAGCGCGGUGCAGUAAACAAUCCAUCCAUCUUUGAAGUCAUCCAGGCACACGCAGGAAAGGCGGCGGCGCAUUCAUAUGUCUAGGCAAUUGCAAUGGCGAACGAAAUCUCAGAAGACAUCAAGGUCUUGGUGACUGGCGGUCUAGGCUUCAUUGGGUCGGCAAUCGUUCGAGCGUUGCAGGAGCAGCAUCCGAAAUGGACCGUGAGCAUCCUUGACAUGUUAGAGGAUCCUAGGUCUGGGCGAAAAGAAGCGCAAGAGCCUUCUGAUGACGAUUUCGAUUUGCUGAGGGGCUGCACAUAUGAGUAUUUCAAGGCAGAUAUCACGGAAGAAAUGGACGUGUUAAGGGCGUUCGAGCAGGCCAGACCUGGGGCUGUCGUCCACGCGGCAGGCAUCGUGCCGUCCUUGAGUGAGAGAUAUUCACGCCGAUUAGAGCCAGUGGUCAAGAACAUAAAUGUCAAUGGUACAAAGCAUGUGGUAGGAGCAGCCAAGAAGCUUGGUUGCAGGGCACUCGUUUACACGAGUAGUUGUUGCGCAGUGACAGACGAUAUGAGCAAACCAUAUGCCAACAUCGACGAGAGAUGGCCUGUCGGUGAAAGAAAUUCGAUAUAUGGCGAAAGUAAGGUCGAAGCGGAAGGAAUUGUGAUCGCAGCGAACACAGCAGGAAGUCGGUCGGAGAAUGGCGCAAUUGACCAUACCCUGAUGGAAGACACAGAGGGCAGUCGCGCCUGGCCCCUGUUGACAUGUGUUCUGAGACCGGCUGUCGUAUUUGGAGAAGGUGACGAACAACUGAUCCCUCCCAUCCACGCCUGCAUAGCGAAAGGCGAGAGCCGGUACAAGAUUGGCGACGGCAGUAAUCUCUGGGAUACUGUUUAUGUGGGCAACAUCGCUGAUGCCCACGUACUCGCACUCGAAAACCUGCUGCGUACCCGGUCAGGGCAGAAAUUUGGUGACAUCGCUGGAAGGCAUGGUUUUGGCAAUCAUUCCGACCAUGGUGGCAUCGUGGCUGGAAGCGCAGCAGGUGAGAUCUUUUUCAUUCAGAACAACGAACCGAUCUCGUUUCGAGAGUUUAGCCUGGGGGUCUGGAAAGAAUUUGAUCACUUUCCACCAUCCUUCGAAGUGCAAAUUCCAGAAAGAUUGGCGUGGGUACUAGGCUUGAUAGCGGAAGGGUUCUCCCGAAUCUCCGGGACCCCGACAACCCUGUCACCGGGGAGCGUCAUGGACGCUUGUGCAAUGCGAUAUGCUAGCGGGGACAAGGCUCGAAGAAUCCUCGGCUAUCAGCCGCGAGUAGGCCUCGAAGUAGGCCUCAAGAGAAGCUGUCAAGACUAUGCGCGUCGGCUUACGAGACGUAUCCCUUAAACUUGCUCAAUGACUCGUCGAAAGAUCGCAGCGAGGCUGGAUAACUUAUCCAGUCUGUCAUUCACAUCUCGCUUGCGAGCUGUUCCUAUUUCGAGAGAGCCCUGUACCGGG